UGUGAUUUGUGUCGAAAUGGCCGUCAACGUACAUUCCACCGCUCAAACGACCGAAAAUCUGUCCCGCAUUGAACUGCUAGCCUGGGUUAACCGUACGCUGCUGUCCGAGUUUAGGAAGGUGGAAGAACUAUGUACCGGUGCCGCCUACUGCCAGCUGAUGGACGUUCUCUUUCCCGGGUGUCUGCCGCUGAAGCGCGUCAAGUUUUGCACCAACGUUGAGCACGAUUUCCUUAACAAUCUGCGCAUGUUUCAGAAAGCCCUGGUGCACCUGAAAGUGUCCAAAGCGGUACCGAUCGAUCGGUUGGCAAAGGGUCGCUUUCAGGAUAACUUUGAGUUUUUGCAGUGGUUUAAGAAAUUUUUCGACGCCAACUACGAUGGCAAAGAGUACGAUCCGAAGGGAGCCAGAAACAAUGCACCCAUGGGGUACGGUACACCGAGCACACUACGACCAAGUCAGCGGAUGAACACCGGGACAACUGCUUCGGCUGGUCCGCGCCCGCUAAAGCGUGCCGGCGAUACGAACGGGUCGUCAACCCGGCUACAGUUGGGGGACAGCAUUGAUGCGGUAGCUGAAGGGGAUGGUGAAUUGCGUGCCGGCAGAGGUGAGAAACAGAUCGAUCGUAUAAGCUGGCUUAGUGAACAGAUUGAUGAUCUUGCGAUCAAAAUUCAAGAUGUGGAGAUGUCGCGUGAAUAUUAUUACAACAAGCUGUUGCUUAUUGAAAAUUUUAUCAACGAACAUCCGGAAGACACUCAUGAUGGGCUCUGCGAAAAGGUGAAGGCAAUAAUGUACGCCACUGAGUGA